GCUCGGCGUUUGCGAAGCUGUCCACCAGUACAAUACGCAAUUGCGCAAUACGGGGAUGUUGUGCGAGCAGUGGCAAGAAAUAAAUAGUUAGAAACUUAGUGCAGCCACACGUGCAGGGGUGUGUGUAUUUGUAAUCAUCCGUUCCUGGUGAAAUUUGGUUCAGCACAUCGAGGAUACUUGGAUGUCCCUUCUUGCGACUCUCCAUAGUGAGCCGGCUGUAUCGUUACAUGGAGGCACGAGAAGGACAACGAAGAAUAACCGUGCAACUGUGUCGGAUGUUUGCUUGUUGGACAUCGUAGUUGCAGCAGGAUGCUAUAUGUAAUUUGUUUCAGAAGCUGGACGGUGGAUACAAUUGUCAAAAGUGCGGAUAUUUGAGCGGGACACACGCACAAUGCACAUUGCGGACAUGGCUGUCUCUGUGUUUGUAGUAGUGAUCAUCGCCGUCUCGUUUCUGUCCAACGUGGUGGUACUGAUCUGCUUUUUGUACAACCAGGAGAUUCGAAAGCAGGUGCCCGGGUUGUUUAUCCUCAACCUAACCGUCUGCAACCUGUUGCUUACCGUGUCCAAUAUGCCUCUAACUCUGGUCGGACUUAUCAACAAAGGAAACACUGGAGGCAGCGGGUUCUGUCAAACUGUGGGUUUCCUGGACACUUUUCUCACCACCAACUCAAUGCUCAGUAUGGGGGCUUUGAGCAUCGAUCGAUGGGUGGCAGUAGUUUUUCCGCUGAGCUACCACUCCAGAAUACGACACCGGGACGCAGUGAUAGGGCUUGGAUACACGUGGAUGCACUCGCUCUCGUUCUCCACGGUGGCCACUUGCUCUUCCUGGGUUGGGUACCAUCACCUUUACGCAUCAUGUACGCUCUGCAAUGCGAGAGCAAGCGUCUCCCGGACGCAGUUCAUCAUCUACACUUUGGUGUUACACUCUCUCACGUUUCUCUUGACCUUAAUCGUGUUGUGUGUAACGUACCUGAAAGUUCUGAAAGUUGCGCGGUUUCACUGUAAACGCAUCGACGUGAUCACUAUGCAGACCUUAUUGCUGCUUGUGGAUAUUCACCCGAGUGUGCGCCAGCGGUGCCUGGAUGAGCAGAGACAGCGGAGGCAGAGAGCCACCAAGAAGAUCAUCACAUUCAUUGGAACGUUUGUGGUGUGCUUCGCCCCUUACGUCAUCACGAGAAUCUUCGAGCUCUUCACGCUAGGACAGAUAAACCCUCACUGGGGUGUCUUGUCUAAGUGUUUGGCCUACAGCAAGGCAGCCUGCGACCCCUUUGUCUACUCACUGCUCCGGAACCAGUACAGGAAGACAUGCAGCGACCUGACCAACAAGAUCCUGAAGAGAAGUUCCUUUAACUCCUCCGCCCGCAUGGUGGAGAACGGAAGGGUCAACGACACCAACAACUUCAAACCCACCCAUUGACUAUGGCAAGAUGGAGACAUUGAGGUACUUACAUACAGUUGAAGUCGGAAAGUUUACAUACACUUAGGUUGGAGUCAUUAAAACUCAUUUUUCAACCACUCCACAAAUUUCUUGUUAACAAACUAUUGU